AAGAAAAAUAUAUUCCAAUUUUCCAUAAUAAAUUUAUUGUCACAAAUUUACCGUACACAAUCACUGCAUUUCAGCAUUCUUUUCAAUUUUCAAAGUUUACUGUAACAUUGCUUCGUUUACACUUAAAGCUGGUAAAAAAAAUAAAAAAAAUCACUGCUUUCCCGCAAUCCAAUAACCAAUCGAUUCAAUUUUUGGAGGGCUUUUUGAAAUCACGAUUGUUUCGAAAGAACCCAUCGAUUGAAUUUCGUCGUUGAAUUGUUUAAUUCCCCCGGCAUGGUGGUGGGCCCCAUUCCGACAGGUCUUGUAUAGCGCAUGGCAAACAACAACGUUUCCGCAAUUUGCUCUUGCUGUUCGGAAAUGGAUGGCAUAUUUUCUCGUCUCUUAAUCUUAACUUCCUCUAUUACACGUCGAUUAAUCGAAUUUUUCGAAGAUAUUCUGUUAAGGGAUGUGAAUAGAUUGUUACGAGAUUCGGAGAUCAAUUCUUAUGGUCAAAGUCAAACAUCUGCAACCUAUGCAUCUUCUUCAAGAGAUUGUAACUCCGAUACGAGCAUAGCCUUUCUUGAUAGAAAUGCCUCGGAUUUGGACGAUCAUCAUUCGUUAACAAAUUCGGGAUUAGAAAUUGUAAAUAGAAAUUACCACAGGGGUGUCCGCUUCAUUUUUAAAGGGUUGAUGCUCCCGUUAUAUUGUUUUGAAUUUGCAUGGGGAUCGGUAAUAGCAUCUUGGAGAUGCUCUUGUUAUCAUAUGAGAUGUAUGCAAGCUAACAUGCAGAGUUUUGUAUCGAGGAUUGUGAAAACUUUGCAUGGGUCGUCCGAUGACAUCGGGUGGUUACAAAGUGCACCCGGGAUGGCUCCGGUGGAGGAUGGUUCAGCUAGAUUCGUCGAGCUUCUCCAAGGCAUAAGGAAUGGGCUCCACAAACUACCUGAUUCAUUCGUGUACCUUCUCAUUCCAGGACUUUUCAGCAAUCUUGGCCCGUUAUAUUUCGUUAGCACCAAAAGAUUCUUCUCGAAGAUGGGCCUAGCUUGCCACAUUGCUAAAAUUCACAGCGAGGCAUCGGUAGAACAAAAUGCAUGGGAACUAAAGCAAUAUAUAGAGGAGCUAUACUGGGGGAGCGGCAAGCGCGUGAUGUUGCUCGGCCACAGCAAAGGUGGCGUUGAUGCUGCAGCUGCUUUGUCGAUUUAUUCGGAGGAAUUAAGGGAUAAAGUAGCUGGGUUGGCGCUGGUGCAGAGUCCUUACGGUGGAACCCCGAUCGCGUCCGAUAUUCUUCGUGAAGGCCAGGUCGCUGACAAGGAAACUCGCAGGAUUAUGGAGUUUUUGAUAUGCAAACUUAUUAAGGGCGAUAUACGAGCGCUAGAGGAUCUCACGUACGAGAAACGGAAGGAAUUCGUCGGGGCCCACAAACUCCCGGAGAAUAUUCCAAUCAUCUCGUUCCACUCCGAAGCCAGCGUGGCGCCGGGCGUCAUCGCCACGUUGUCCCACAUCGCGCACGCGGAACUCCCGUGGCUCCCGCAGUUUCCGGGGGAGGAUAGGGAAAAUGACGAUUUUGCCCUUGCGGCACGGAAGGUUCCGGUGGUAUUUCCGGUUUCCGCUGCGAUGGCUCUGUCGGCCCUCCAUUUGCAGUUGAGAUACGGAGAGAAGAGCGACGGGCUUGUGACGUGCCGCGAUGCUGAAGUACCCGGUUCGAUUGUUGUGAAACCCGAGAGAAAAUUGGAUCAUUCGUGGAUGGUGUAUUCUUCUUGGAAGAAAGAUCCCGAAGAUUCUUCGGAGGUUGAUGCGUGUGAGAUGUGUGAGGCUUUGUUGACUAUGCUUGUUGAACUAGGGGAAGAAAGGUCUAAUUGAUAACAAAAAAAUAGUGUGUGUGUGUGUGUGUGUGUGUGUUUUUGGAAGUCACAUUGUAAAAUAUAUAGCCAUGUAGUAGUCUAUCGUUUAUGUAACGAAGUUAUACGUAGAAAUCAGACGGAACAGAUCAGAAUUAGUAUUUUCCGAAAAAAAUCCUAUUUUUCUGGCAA